CCACCUCCCUACUGCACAUGCCCGGCAGAAGUCCGGGCGCGCAACUUCGCAGGACCUCACCACCCCAUCCUUCCCCGCCUCAGUCUCCUCUUUACUCUCCCCAGCGAGAGGACUAGCGGAGGCACCUCUCCUGAGCCUUAGACCACAGGGUCUAAGACUUAGCGAGAGGAGCCCGGGAGGAGACAGAUCUUUUCUCCCCUUUCCUAUCCCUUUUUUGGGGGUCUGCAGAGGCAAGCAGAGGCGCGGAGCUUUAGAAAGUUCGUAAGUGGUCAGGAAGGUAGGUGCAUCUUUUUUUCUCCUCGUACAGAGGUGUAACUGGGACCUCUGGACCCAGCUUCUCACUCCCUAGGGUGCACCUUUUUCGGCUCCGGCGAGGCAGCCGAUGCGCCUUGGAGCCGCGCUCUGCAGAGCCAGAGGGCGGGUCGGCUUCUCGGUGCGCGCCUGAGAGAAUGGAUCGGAGGUCCCGGGCUCAGCAGUGGCGCCGAGCUCGCCAUAAUUACAACGAUCUGUGCCCACCUAUAGGCCGCCGGGCAGCCACCGCGCUCCUCUGGCUCUCCUGCUCCAUUGCGCUCCUCCGCGCCCUUGCCACCUCCAACGCCCGUGCCCAGCAGCGCGCGGCUGGGCAGCACCGGAGCUUCCUUAACGCCCAUCAUCGCUCCAGUGCCCCGGUAUUCCCUGAGUCCUCUGAAUCUGACUCUGACCACGAGCGCGAGGAGGGAGACCUCGAGCUGUCCCUUCCCGAGUGCCUAGAGUACGAAGAAGAGUUCGAUUACGAGACCGAGACGGAGUCUGAAAUCGAGUCUGAGACCGACUUCGAGACCGAGCCGGAGACCGAGCCAGAAGACGAGCGCGGCCCCCCGGUGCCCAAGGGCUCCACCUUCAACCAGUCUCUCACCCAGCGCCUGUACGCUCUGAAGUUACAGAGCCCCGACGCACAGCCCACCACUCAGGAGCCCCAGAGCUCCAGUGAGGGGGAGGAGCUCGAGCCCAACCAGAAGGAUCCGCGGGACCCCGAGGAGUCUGCGGAGCCCAAGGAGAAGCAGCAGCAGCGCCGCUGCAAGCCAAAAAAGCCCUCCCGCCGCGACAGGUCCCCGGAGUCCCCUUCCAAAAAGGGACCCAUCCCCAUCCGGCGUUUCUAAUGGAGGACGCCGUCCAGAUUCUCCUCGUUUUCAUGGAU